CUCGGAUCCGGCGGUGUGUCAGUUCAAGUCGAACUAUUCACAAAGUACGAGGUAUACUUCCGGCAACUCAAUAGCCAAUGCAACUUCAAGGCAUCACCCCUUGAUGUCUCCUGGAAACCCAACGGAAUCGAAUAGAACCAAAAACGGAGCGGUGUCGGGGGCCACCGCCGACCCACGAGAGGUGUAUUCAUUCCAUUGGGGAAAAAGUCGAGAAGCUACGGUGUAGCUUUGAGUAUACUGCCCAUGGAACCCCCGCCGGUAAUUACCAUACGGCAGAUCUCCCCAACGCCCUGGUCCAGAAGCUCACGAGUCGUCCCCCCACCCACCAUCUCAGUCGCUUUUUUUGUUCCCGCCCUCAACACGGUGGAUCGGACCUCUCAAUUCUACGCUGUAAUCUCCAGCACUACUUUUUUUUUUGUUUCAUCCGUACGCCGUACCUUCCAGUCCACACCGUCCCGCCAAACUAUUCCUCCCCCCCCUCCUCCCAAGUCAAUUUUGUGGGCUCACUGCUUCAAUCCAACCUUCUCCUGUAUUAUUUUCUUGUCCUACUUCUCUUCCUUCUCUGCCUCCUCCCCCCCCAUCUUCCUUCCACACAUCCACACACAUACCAUCACCAUGUCCGCCAAAUCUAUCCUCGAGGCCGACGGCAAGGCCAUCCUCAACUACCACCUCACCCGCGCUCCGGUCAUUAAGCCUACCCCUCUUCCUCCUUCCUCCACACACAACCCUCCUCCUCGUCUCGCCUCCCUCCACUUCCCCGAAGACAAGACCGUCAAGGAUGUCCUCGACCAGGCCGAGGUCACCUACCCGUGGCUCCUCGUCCCCGGCUCCAAGUUCGUCGCUAAGCCCGAUCAAUUGAUCAAGCGUCGAGGCAAGUCCGGUCUCCUCGCCCUCAACAAGACCUGGGCUGAGGCUCGGGAGUGGAUUGAGGCCCGCGCCACCAAGGAGGUUCAGGUCGAGCACGUUACCGGUGUUCUGCGCCAGUUCCUCGUCGAGCCUAUGGUUCCCCACGCUCAAGAUACUGAGAGCUACGUUUGCAUCAACUCCGUCCGUGAGGGUGACUGGAUUCUCUUCUACCACGAGGGUGGUGUCGAUGUCGGUGAUGUCGACGCCAAGGCUGAGAAGCUCCUCAUUCCCGUUGACCUGAAGAAAUUCCCCUCUAACGAGGAGAUCGCCUCCGCUCUGCUGAGCAAGGUGCCCAAGGGCAUCCACAACGUCCUGGUGGACUUCAUCAGCCGCCUGUACGCCGUCUACGUCGACUGCCAGUUCACCUACCUGGAGAUCAACCCCCUGGUUGUCAUCCCCAACGCCGAUGCCACCUCCGCCGAUGUCUACUUCCUCGACUUGGCUGCCAAGCUCGACCAGACUGCUGAGUUCGAGUGCGGUACCAAGUGGGCUGUUGCCCGCAGCCCCGCCGCCCUGGGUCUGCCCACCCUCCCCUCCAGCGAAGGCAAGGUCAACAUCGACGCUGGUCCCCCCAUGGAGUUCCCCGCUCCCUUCGGUCGUGAGUUGAGCAAGGAGGAGAAGUUCAUUUCCGACAUGGACGCCAAGACCGGUGCCUCCCUCAAGUUGACCGUCCUGAACGCCAACGGCCGUAUCUGGACUCUGGUCGCUGGUGGUGGUGCCUCCGUCGUCUACGCCGACGCCAUUGCCUCUGCUGGCUUCGUCAGCGAGCUUGCCAACUACGGAGAGUACUCCGGUGCUCCCUCCGAGGGCCAGACUUACUCCUACGCUAAGACCGUUCUCGACCUGAUGCUGCGUGCCCCCACUCACCCCGAGGGCAAGGUUCUCUUCAUCGGUGGUGGUAUUGCCAACUUCACCAACGUUGCCUCCACCUUCAAGGGUGUCAUUCGCGCCAUCCGCGAAUUCGCCCCCAUCCUUAUUGAGCACAAGGUCCAGAUCUGGGUCCGCCGUGCUGGUCCCAACUACCAGGAGGGUCUGAAGAACAUCAAGGCCGUCGGUAUCGAGCUCGGCCUCGACAUGCACGUUUAUGGCCCCGAGAUGCACGUCUCCGGUAUCGUGCCUCUGGCCCUUCUGGGCAAGAAGACCGAUAUCAAGGAAUUCAGCGCAUAAAUGACUACCCCCGUGCUCUUUUGUUUAAUUUUUUGGUUUGUUUCUGCAGCGUCAACUCCGUUGCAUGGGUUUGUGAUAAUGCAUGGCAUGAUAUGAAAUUUGCGGAGUUCCCGCCUGGGGUAGAAAAGAAGCAAAAAGGGAAGGCCUAGAAUUUGGAUCUGGCUUCUUUUUUUUCUCUUUAUAUUACUCGGGGUGACUCUGUUUUGCUGGUCGUGGGUAUGGCGUUUCUUCCCGCCCGGACUAAAAGACCGGAUGCUUGGUGCCCGACGUACAUGAUUAGAUUUCCUUUAUGUUGAAUCGUACCGAGGGGAUUUAGAUCGGGAUUUCCCUUCGGAUAAUAUCAAUGAUGAUACAAUGUUCAUACUCUAUUACUGUGUAGGCUGUGAACUGUAGGGCAGAACAUGGAGUACUACAAAGAGUGUUGAAGAUUCUACAUGCCCGAUAUGGGGUAUCAUGGAGAGUAUCAUGAUUCUGAGCAUGGCAACCAUCGACAUAGUCCUUGUAUUAUUAUGAAAGAUUAUUUUCCUAUCAAUUCUUUUAUUGUCUUACUA